CUGAGUUUGAUUCUGAACGUUUUGUGUGUUCUACCUCACGUUUGUGCUUUUGAUUUUUGACUGACUGCUGUCUCAUCUGUCAACGCAUCCAAUCUUGUGUCUGAAAAAAAUAAUUUUGAAAUAUUGGAAAGUGAAAAUUUGAAAAUUUUGAGCUUUCUUUCAAUACCUACAACUCUCCAAUAAUCGCUGUAAAAUGAGUUACGAUCCAGAAAAGGGCCCUGCCGACUUCAAGAAGUCCACAGACUCGUUCGAAAAGUCCAUCGAAGGUGGCUCCGGCACUGCUGAAGUCAGCAACGAAAACUUGGGCUUCAUCAACAGAUUAGCUGCUAAGUUAAAUGCCGAAACCAAGGGUAUUGAAUUGGUCACCGAUGAAGAAAAGACUGAUACCUCUGUCGCUAAUGUCUUUACCAUGUGGUUGUCCGCUAACUUGGUCAUCGCUACCUUCUCCUUGGGUACCAUUGGUGUCACUGUCUUUGGACUUUCGUUCUGGACAUGUGUGUUGGUCAUCAUCUUCUUUUCUCUCUUAGGUGCCUUCCCUGUUGCUUUCUUCUCCACCUUUGGUCCCAAGUUGGGAUUGAGACAGAUGAUUUUGUCGAAAUUUUUGGUUGGUGACUGGGCCACUAGAAUUUUCUCUGUCAUCAACGUUGUUGCUUGUGUCGGUUGGGGUGCUGUGAACAUUAUGUCAUCUGCCCAAUUGUUGAACAUUGUUAACAACGGUGCCUGUCCUCCAUGGGCCGGUUGUUUGAUCUUGGUUAUCUGUACUAUUCUCGUUACCUUCUUUGGUUACAACGUUAUUCACAUGUACGAGAAAUGGUCGUGGGUUCCUAACGUCGUUGUCUUCAUUGCAAUUAUCGUUAGAAUGGCCAAAGCUGGUACUUUCACCGCCGGUCACUUUGAAGGUGGUUCAACCACUGCAGGUGGUGUCUUAUCUUAUGGUGGUGCCAUCUAUGGUUUCGCAACGGGUUGGACUACUUACGCUUCAGACUACACUGUCUACCAACCAAGAAACGCUAACCCAUGGAAGAUCUUCUUCUACAUCUACGUGGGUUUGAUGCUUCCUCUCUUAUUCACUUUGAUCUUGGGUGCAGCCUGUGCCACCGGUACUUUGACCAACACUAGAUGGAAUGAGUUGUACUCGGAAAAAUCCAUUGGUGGUUUGGUCUACGCUAUCUUGGUGGAAGAUUCGUUGCACGGCUUUGGUCAAUUCUUAUGUGUUUUGUUGGCUCUUUCCACUGUCGCCAACAACAUUCCAAACAUGUAUUCGCUUGCUCUUUCUGCUCAAGCUGCCUGGUCUCAAUUUUCUAAGAUUCCUCGUGUCUUCUGGACCGUUGCAGCCAACUUCGUCACCUUGGCUAUUUGUAUUCCAGCUUAUUACCACUUUGAAAGUGUCAUGGAAAACUUCAUGAACUUGAUUGCCUAUUACUUGGCUAUCUACCAAGCCAUCGCUUUCUCUGAACAUUUUAUCCACAACAGAGGCAAGUUCUCUGCUUACGACUACGUGCACUUUAACGACAAAACUGUGUACCCAGUUGGCUACGCAGGUACCUUUGGUUUCUGCUGUGGUGUCGCUGGUGUCGUUCUCGGUAUGGACCAAGUUUGGUACGCUGGUGUCAUUGGUAGAAGAAUCGGAGACUUUGGUGGUGAUAUUGGUUUUGAAAUGGGUUUGGGUUUCGCUUUUGUCGGCUACAACCUCGCCAGACCUUUCGAAAAGAAAUAUAUUGGACGUUAAGCUUCACUUUGCUUGACUUUAUCUUCUCUUGUGAUAUUUAUUCAAUCUGUUUUUAAUUCCCCCAACAGCUUGAUUUAUCUUAAUCUUUCCUUCUUCAGUGUAUUUAUAGAACAUUCAAUAUUUUAAUCAAAAUAUUCAUAUCG